AUGACCAACGAUUCGGCGAGCGCAGAACAGCCCACGGCGGUGCCGUCCACACCGACAGCGAGAGCGGGCGGUUCUCGAGUCGCAAAGACGUACCCGCGUGUGAUAUUCCUCCCCAACGGACUGUUGGACGUGGAUCGCAAGAGGGGCAAGUUCUUCAAGAUGCUAAUAGAAGACAGAGCGCAGGAGAACCAAGAGGUCUCACCCUUUCUACAACUUCCGCCCGAAAUUAGAUCCACCAUCUACGAGUAUACACUCGGAGACGAGACAUUCAAAAUUUCCCCACAAGAGCAUAUACUAGGGAAGACCGAGCGGAAGAAGAAGGAAUACCUUGCGCUUCUUCUGGUCUCGCGCCAAGUGUACGUGGAAACCGCCUUGAUACCGUUCAAGAUGAAUGCUUUCCAGGCAGACAAUCCUCGACCUCUGAAGGCUUGGGUCGGCCUGCUCCCCAUUGCUGCGCAGCAGAGCAUCACCCGGAUCCACUUAUCGACACGUCUGUAUUGGCACUCUUACGUUCAACAUACCGAGCAACUGGAACCACUAUCUGAACGCCUAUUUCCUGUGUGGUGGAGCCAGUCUGGGAACUUCGAUAACUUUCCUGCGCUCCGUCAGGUCUGCAUUCUUACGACUGUCGGUCGGUGUUAUUGUGACAAACCUAAACCUCUCACGGACGCUCUAACAAAGCUUGUCGGAGAUUCGGAAGAUGCUUGCAGUCAGUUGAUCAAGGCGUCUCAUCGGGGCAUCGCGGGCAAGAGCAUCGACGUCAAUUUUCAACGCGACCUCGUGUUCGCUCCCCUGUAG